CCCACCCACGCCGCCGCCGAACUCCAUCCGCCGCUUCGCGCCAUCACUCCCCAUCGCCAACCGACGAUUGUCCCGUGCGCAGCCUCACAGCACCAUGAAGGCCAAGGCGGCCGGCCUCGCGGUAUCUUCAGUCGCGCUGCUGCUGCUGCUGCCGCUGCCAGAGGUGGCGGCAGCGGGCAUCGGAUCGUAUCCCGACCACUCCUCACCGCACAGCGAGAGUCGCCACACCCGGCUGUUCCCACUCCUCACCAAGCUUCGCGACGGCACUGUCGAGUUCUUCUUUGGCCGCCAUCCGACGAAAGCUGCCCAGAUCGCCGCCAACCCCAGUUCCGUGCGCGCCAAGUACACUGACGAACUCGUCCUGCGCUUCAACGUCAGCACCGCGGACGAGGAAGCAGCCCUCUCUGAUGCCGCUACACGACUUUUCCUUGACGUCUGGGCGUUCACGGGUGACUAUGUUGACAUUCGUCUUCACGCCGAUGAGGUCGGACCGCUGCUGGGCCUCCUCCCCACCUCCCUCCGGUCGUCCCAUUCGACUCUGAUUGCCGAUUUGGCCUCAACUGUGUAUCGAUCAUUGGCGUCCUCCGGCGAUCGCGCCGCAACAGAAGUUGAUGGUGUCCCCUGGGCGCCGGUGGCAUCCCUGAACAGCGGCGACAACCUCUUCUUCCAAGACUACCAACCGCUACCCGUCGUCGUCCGCUGGAUGCGCCUCCUCGAGGCCAUGUUUCCUUCUUACGUCAAGUAUACCGUCAUUGGCAAAUCGUUUGAAGGCCGGGAAAUCCCUGCAUUGCGCGUCGGGCUAUCGGGAACCCCAAAUGUCAAGGAGCCUCGAAAGACGAUCGUGGUUACCGGCGGCUUACACGCGAGGGAGUGGAUCUCGACGAGCACGGUCAACUAUCUGGCUUGGUCUUUCAUUACUUCGUUUGGCAAGGAGCGCAUGAUCACCAAGCUCCUGGAGCACUACGACAUCGUCUUCGUGCCCGCUGUCAACCCAGAUGGAAUUGAGUACACGUGGCAGGUCGAUCGUCUUUGGCGCAAGUCCCGCCAGGAGACCAGCAUUCGCUUUUGUCGCGGGUUGGACCUAGAUCAUGCUUUCGGGUAUGAGUGGGACGGAUCCAAGGCCCAGAACGACCCUUGUUCAGAGAGCUAUGGCGGCGAGCAGCCUUUCCAAGCCGUCGAGGCCAUCCAGCUUGCUACGUGGGCGCGCAACGAGACUUUGCAUAACGUACAGUUUGUCGGUCUCCUCGAUCUCCACUCUUAUUCGCAGCAGGUUCUUUUCCCCUAUUCGUUCUCGUGCGCGAUUGAUCCCCCGAACCUGGAGAACCUGCAAGAGGUUGCGACGGGCAUUUCCAAGGCCAUACGGAUAUCCAACGGGGAGUCGUACUCGGUCACCUCGGCAUGCGAGGGAGCAGUGGCUGCAGACGAGUCACAACGAGACAAGGUUCGGCAACGCGUCGAGUCGGGCGGUGGUUCUGCCAUCGACUGGUUCUACCACGAGAUGCGCGCGCAUUUCAGCUACCAGAUCAAGCUGCGAGACACCGGCUCCUACGGCUUUUUGCUCCCCAAAGAGCAGAUCAUCCCGACGGGUGAGGAAAUGUUCAACGCGAUGAAGUACUUUGGGGAUUAUUUGCUGGGCAACAACGGGAUCGAGAGAUUUGAAGACAAGGCGGCGGAGAGUGUGUCGCAUCCCUCAACGUUAGAUGGAGGUGACGACAGCACAAGCAACCACGAAUUGAGGAGGCGACGCGCACGCAGGUAAUGCAGAGAAGCGACCGGCACUGUCCAGGUAUACGCAGCGAUUGAACCAACCGAGACUUGUUACGAAGUACAUGAGCACAUGAAAAGUCAAGGGGGGUUAUGGCCAUGGUUUUACUACCAAAUGAAAAGCUAUUCCCCAGAGACACGGGGCGGACUCGCCAGCCAGCACGCGCGGACGAAUGGCUUAGUUGCCACCCAUGACAAGCAUGGCUGAGGUGUAGGCCGCGGUGAGCUUGAGCAAUGCGUCGCAUAGGAAUGAGCCCACGGCGCCGCUGGCAUUGGCGUUAGUACAAGGGGCAAAGAAACGAAGGAAUUUGUGACGCACAUUUCCCGGCCCUUGGGACCAGCAGAGCUGGUAUAACCAAGCAGGUAUAGAACUCUCGACAGGCCCCAGCCGGCUCCAAGGACGGCAGCAGGGAAGGGGUAGCGGAGACCGGCAACGAGCAGGGCGCCGAGGAAGGAGACGUGGUUCUCGGUGAAAUUGGCAUGAGCGCGUUGAGCUGCAUCAUUGCGGCGGCGUCAGCAGGGGCAGGUCCGGGGAGAGAAGAGGGCCGGGCUGGGGCAUACCGCAGUUGAAACGAUAGGCGUUGGGGUCCUUGUCGGCUUGCUCGGCGGAGGCGUAGGCAUUGGGGUACUUGAUGCCGCUGGCCUUGCGGAACUUGCUGGUGCGGGUGAAGUGGAGGGUGUUGAUGAAGAAUGUGGCGGUCGCGGCGGCGAGAACGAGACUUUGCAGGUCAGCAAAAUGCCCAUGGCAUCAUGAAAGGGCUCGGGGGAGCGAGCGGCGACGCCAUUGGCAUAGAGGACGGCGUCGCUUUGCAACACCGACCACCUGCGUCCUAGGUACAUAAUAGGUUGAUUGUAUCACCACAGCGCCUCAGCAGGAAGCAUGCAAUAACGACGACGCAACGCACGAUAUUGUAGCACUUACCCGUACUGGUCGGGGAGCUCAAGGACGAAAGGCAUGGCUGCUGCGGCCGGAUGUGUUUGUGGUGCGGGCUGAGAGGAAGAGAGGGAGAGAGGGAGGGGGAGAGGGAGCUGGCGGAUCGUCGCGCGACUGGAGACGAGCGAGGCUUGGCUUAAGGCUUCAAGUGUUCGUGGACGGCGAAGGAUAAGUAAGAGACGGUAGGGUUGAACAGAGGAGACUUGUCGGUAGGCUUGGAUGGAGAGGUUGCGCGGGAGCAAUUAUAUAUUAUUAGUACGAAGUCAGGCCGAAGUUCGUACGUAGUAGCUUGACUUGGUACUUGGUUGGACGGGAAGCUCCAAGUGGGCAAGCCGCUGUGGGUUUUCGGUCAACAAUGUCCGCC